UCUCUCUCUAACUUUACUUUGCACUGCUGUCUCUAUACAUAUAGAUAUAGAUACAUACAUCCUCAUUUCUUUCUCAAAUCCAUACAUCAAGAUUCAAGAUCACAAACAGCCCCCAUCAUCUAACAAAAACAACCCACAUUGAAUCUUUCCAUAAAUUCUUGAAAAUUUAACAUUCAUAGAAUCAAGAAAACCAACACCCACAUCCUUAAUUUUUAUAAAGUUUCUAUCUUUUGCAAAUUUACAACAAGCCCUUCACAAAUCUUGAUAGAAUAAUUAAAAAAUUUUAUAAAAUUUUAAUCCUUUUAUCAAAUUCACAAAAACCCAGCAAUAAUCUUGAAAAAUUACCAGUUAACUAUUAUAAAGUUUCAAUCUUUUGCAAAUUUACAAAAAGCCCAUCAAAAAUCUUGGUCCAAAAAUGGUUGUAAAGAUGAUGAAAUGGCGGCCAUGGCCGCCAAUAUUUUCGAGGAAAUUUGAAGUGAAAUUAGUACUGAAGAAAAUUGAAAGUGGGAAUGGUGAUGAAAACGGUGUCGUUUUGUGGGAUCAUGGAGUUGUGGAGAUAAAAUGGAAAGGACCCAAGAUUACUUUGGGAUCACUUAGAAGAACUGUGAAGAGGGAUUUUACAAAAGAAGGGAAAUUUGAGGAUCAAAACGGUGCCGUUUUUUGGGAUCAAGAAUUUCAUUCUGUUUGUACUUUUUCUGGCUAUAAAGAUAAUGAGUUUCUUCCUUGGGAGAUUGGGUUCACUCUCAUGAAUGGAUCAAACACAGGGCUCAAGAAUAAGGUUCCUAUAAUUGGAAAGGCAUCCUUGAAUCUUGCUGAAUAUGCUUCCUUUCCUGAAGAAAAAGAAUUUGAGCUCAACAUUCCUCUCUUCAUUUCAUCUGGAGCAACAGAGCCUCGCCCCUCUCUUAAUAUAUCUCUUAGCUUGAUGGAGUUGCAAGCUGCUCAACAAGCUGAGUCCACACAAAGUCAAAGUCAAACGUCAGAAACUUCAUCGGGUGAGAAAGAUGAGCAUUCAACACUCAAAGCCGGUUUAAGAAAAGUUAAAAACUUUAGGGAGUAUGUCUCGAUUAAAAGAGGUAAAAAAGCGUCUCAUGUGGACUAUCACGAUCACGAAAUAAGUGAAAGCAGGAGUGAUGAAGGUGAUUACCCUCAUCUUGUUGACUUCGACUCGCAUGAUGAAUCACACGAGGACACGAAGGAGAGUGCUACUAUUCGGAAAUCGUUUAGUUAUGGCACAUUGGCAUAUGCAAAUUGGGCAGGAGGAUCUCUUUAUGAGGACAAUGUAUAUUAUAGUAACCAGAAAUCUGAUGAGGGUUGUUCACCAGAAGAGGAUGUAAUUGCAUCAGUUUCUGAAACUAGUGUUAUUCAAAGCUCGAGACGCAGCAUCUUACCAUGGAAAAGAAGAAAAUUGAAUUUUAAAUCACCAAAACCCAAAGGUGAGCCAUUGCUAAAGAAAGAUUAUGGUGAAGAAGGCGGAGAUGAUAUUGACUUCGACCGGCGCCAGCUCAGCUCCGAUGAAUCUCCUGUAGGGUCGCAUAAUUCUUAUGAAGACUUGUGUGUGAACGGACACUUGGUAUCUGAUUUUGGGGACGAUAGUUUUGCAGUCGGAAACUGGGAGCAAAGGAAUAUAGUCAGCCGUGACGGGUGCAUGAAGCUUCAGACACAUAUUUUCUUUGCAUCCAUUGAUCAAAGAAGUGAACAAGCGGCAGGAGCGAGCGCCUGUACUGCACUGGUGGCUGUGAUUGCCGAUUGGUUCCAAAACAACCGCCAUCUCAUGCCAAUUAAGUCCCAGUUCGAUUCACUCAUCAGAGAAGGCUCAUCAGAAUGGAGGAGCCUCUGUGAUAACGAGAUUUACAUGCUCCGGUUUCCCGAUAAGCAUUUUGAUCUUGAAACAGUCCUAGAAGCCAAUUUACGCCCUUUGUCUGUAAUUCCGGGAAAAUCUUUUGUUGGGUUUUUCCAUCCUGAUGAAGUCAAUGAGGGUAGUUUUGAUUUUUUACGUGGAGCAAUGUCAUUUGACAAUAUGUGGGACGAGAUUAGCCAUGAAUCAGAAAGUUCCAACGAUGGCGAACCUCAAGUUUACAUAGUCAGCUGGAAUGACCACUUUUUUGUGUUGAAAGUUGAUGUAGAUGCUUAUUAUAUCAUUGAUACCUUGGGAGAACGACUUUUUGAAGGUUGUAAUGAAGCAUAUAUCUUGAAAUUUGAUCGAGAUUCAGCAAUUUUUAGACUGCCCGAGUCAGCUGAACAGCCAAGCAAUGCCGAGGGUGCUACGGACAAGUCAACAAAAAAGUCAACAGAAGAAAAUGAGGUUAUUUGCUAUGGGAAAGAAUCUUGUAAGGAGUAUAUCAAGAAUUUCUUGGCUGCCAUUCCUAUAAGGGAACUGCAAGCGGAUAUGAAGAAAGGUUUGGUUUCUUCUUCGACUCUGCUUCAUCAUAGGCUACAGAUUGAAUUUCACUACACUCGAUCACCACCUCCACCACCCCCACCACCAAAAGCCAUAGAUUCAGUCACUGUCAUGUCAACACUGGUAAAGGAGGUUGUUACAUAGAAGAAAUGUGGGUUAGUAGGGGUAAAGUCUUGAACUUUUAUUUGCUAAUGUUCAUGUUAUCGACUAGGUGAAGUGGGAAAGUCACAAAAAUAGUGGUUCUUGAUUUUCUUGAAUGUUCUUAGGGGUAAAAUGUAAAUGGGGUGCUAAAGUCUUUUGACUUGUGUUCAACUUUUCCUUUGUUUUGUGAAAGGGAAAGUUUGUAAAAGCCAAACUGUAUAUGUUUAGGGAUCCCAUAUGUUUAGGUGUCUAACUUCUGAUAUCUAAUAUAACUGUCUUUUUUGUUGUGUCCAUCUGAUGGUCUUUCUUAUGUUGUAAUGUCUUUUAUCAUAUUCUAGUUGAACCCACCCUAUACAUCGCCUCUAGCUGUUUCAUGUAUCGUUGUUGUAUCAUAUCCAGUAAACCUUGUAAUUGUUGUAAGUUGUAACCAAGGUGUUCAUCUUCAUGCUCAAAA